UUUAUGAAAUAUUUGAAGAAUUUAGCACAAUGGGUAAGAUAACACAAAACUUGCCAAACAGGUAUGAAAUCCCUAAGCUAAAACGAAAACGUCGCAGAAAAGAUCUCGACGACUUACGCUCAAGAAUCUUAAAGACCAAGAGGAAAUCGGAUAAAGUGGAAGAAAAUCAAUAUGAAGAUCAGCACAACAAACCAAAUCCAUCAAAAAUUGUCAAAAAAUAUACGAAACCAGUAUAUACAGGCAUAUUCAGGAAUGGCACAAAGAGUAAAAAUAUUAGGAAAGAAAAAUAUGGGAAUACAGUCUCUAAAGCCAGAUUACGAGGAGAUGCAUUGAAACUUUUUGAUGGAGAAUCAGAAACAAUAUGCAUGUCACGAAGUACAGUGGACGAUGAAUCUACCAGUCAAUUACCUAAUAAUAAUAAGGAAUUGGUAAAAAAUAUUUCACGACCAACACGACACAGAAAGAAAAGCCCUGUGUUAGGCAAAAAACAAAGACCAAAUCGAACAUAUUAUUUGGGAGACGUUUCUCAGGAAAAUAAAGAAGUAGACAAUAUUGUAUAUGAUCCAAUUGAUAUUCCUGAAGUCGUUAUCAAUUAUAAUUCUUCAACAAAAAGAGCGACGAAGGAAACACAAAUAAAUAAAAAGAAAAAGGAAACAACGGACUUGCCGUAUAAUAAAAAUACAUCCUGCAGCAUAGACUGGCAGGAUCAUUACAUUAAAAUAUGCGACAAAAUAUCCAAAGAAUUAAAAAAUGUAUUAGAUGAUACGAAAGAUCCUCUUUCUGAAGCGCGUAAAAAACUAAAGGAGCUUAUUUCCACUAAUACAGACAACAUGCAGACAGCUAUACAUGUCAUAGAAUCAUCACAAAAUCGAGACAUUAGUUGUUCCUCGAAAGAUAAAGGAAACACAAAUAAAAUCAUUAGUAAUUAUUCUAUUGAUAAUAUAUUAUCUACAGUUCCAGAUAUACAAUAUUCAAAUGCAUCACAUUUAUCACAGAAUAAUUCUAAGUUGCCAUUUAAAAGACGACGUUCAAAACGAAGUUCACAGUUCACGAUUCUUAUAUCUCCUGAAGAACAACCACUGUUGAAAUUUUGUGAGACGAAAACACCAGCCAGCACAGUAACACAAUAUCAGUCAAAUGAAGAAGAUAUUCAAAACUAUAUUAAUCCAGAAGUUCUUUUUGAAGUUUCAACUACGGACGCUACAUCUGUCAGAGAUCAUUUAACAUUAAGUACAUUACAUGAUAUACACGAAAAGCAAUAUUAUCAAACAGAAAAAGAAUAUAUGAGAGAUCAGCGCUAUAUAUGCCCACCAACAGACAUAGUAAACGUAUCACAAAAUACUCGAACACAACACACAACAAGACGACAUUAUCAAGCAGAAAAAAAAUUAAAAAAACGAUAUAUGGUUACUACUCCUGAAGAAUUCUCUAUGCAAGUCAAUGAUAAGCAAAAUAAAGACUGUGAUAAAUACGAUGCACUUCAAAAAUAUCCAAGUAAAAUAGAUAAAUCUAGGUCAAAUAACGAAAGGAAGUUUUGUGAACUAGAUUUUGUUAAUAUGUUCCAAAAUCUUCCUACACCGAGCACGGUAAAUCGACAGUUUUAUCGAUCGAGAGUACCAUAUAUUCGAUCAAUGAAAAUGAAUGACCCAGUAAGAUCUGAAAAAUCUGAUGCAGAUCUGAUUAACGACAGCUCGAAGAGAGAAGAUGGAUAUAUUCGAUUACAAAACUGUAUUCAACAAGCUCCUUUUGAAAUUUUGACAGCAGCAGCCACAUUUAUUGAACAUCAGCAUCUAUCACAAGCUGCAGCUCAAACAAACGACAGAACAAAAAAUAUAUUCACAGACAGAUGUGUUCCUAUUUCUUCAAAUUCAAAGGAGUCUUCAUCGUAUUGUUCUUCACAAUUAGCUGGUUCUUCUAACUUCAAUGUAGAUCCAACAAAACAAAGGCAUAAAAGUACAUAUAACUGCAAAGAAAGAAAUAUUUUUACCAAUUGUUCUAAUGGCUCGCACGAAUGUAACAUUUCGCAAACACAUCAGAAUCACGCAAAAACAUCACGGAUAGCAGCAGCAUCAAAAUGCUCGUAUUUUCCGAUACAUUAUCGUAGCGUUGCAAAUAAUUACGUUGAUCACAACAUAGGACACACACAUGUAUUACCAUUAGUAUCAGACCAUGAUCCGUAUACCUACUCUCAACAAGUUGAUGAUCAUCACAUGGUAUGCCUGCAGAAUUUUAUUCAACCCGUGAAAUAUUUCGCCUUGGAGAGGGGUGUGGAUGUUCAUAAAAUGCCAAUAUAUGUGAAUAACGGCGCAUGUCGAUGUUGGAAUCCUGUUGACUGUUGCACCGUUGCAUUUUACAAUAAACGUGAUUGCGUAAGUACGCGCGUUAAUCUAGAAAGAUGUCACGAUACUACUGUGAACGAAUCUGUGUGA